AUGGUCGCCAUCCGCCUCCCCCGGCCAACGGGCAUCUACGUGCCCAGCUCCCCCCGGAGUGUUACUUCAGACAUGAUCUCGUCCCCCCUGUCCGCAGACUUCACCUUCGACUCUGAGACUCUGACGCCUUCUAUCAUUCCUGCCCUCGAAUACAUCUCGCACAAGCUUCAGCAGAAACUUAUGCACGUUACGCUCCUUGUCGGCCGCGGGAAGCCGUAUCCCACGGGCCAGCCUUCAGACUUAAUCGUCAUCCCUUCAACCACGCUGGAACCUUCAGUAUCUCGAACGCUCACACGCACAAUUGCCAAGGCAGCUGCUAGAUUCGCACUCGGCCAGAGCUGGUCUGAUGCUCUUGCACGGUCGCACCAUGAACGCCAUGCGAACGAGUACCUGAUCGAGCGGUCGAUUUUGCAGAAUGAAGUUGUGUUCUCGCGAGAGGGGUUGACGCUGCUUAAUGUCGACCGGAUCUAUACCUUCAAGCGUCGACUAUGCAUCCUCUCUGCAUCAGGAUCGAGUUCUGGGUCCAAGGCAACUGCACCUCCCGAAUCAUAUAUCAACUCGUGCGUGCGGCUCCUCCACCGCACGAUCGAGGACUUCAACGGCCGUCCCUUCAGCAAGGCCUUUUUCCACCGCGUGUACGAGCAGCUCGACGUCUCCGACGAAUUGAUUGCUCAUGUUGCGGACCUGUAUAAGAAGCAAUAUAAGCAGGACGGCAUCGUCAUCCCUCCGGCGCCCAAGGCCGCAAUUGUCGUCGUCGAGAAGAAGAAGUCGCCCGUCCGCACUGUGCGUAUCAGGAAGCCAGCGGCAACGCAAAAGUCAGGACUCUCUCCCGCUGGAACGCUGACCAAGAGGGGCCCGAAGACGCCGCUCUCCGCGUCGGAUGUCACGCCCAUUACGCGCAAUGAAUGGAAUCUGCUCUUUGGGCCCGGGUUUAAGAAAACUCAGCCGACUGUUACAAAGUGGACACCUUCGCCGACUGUACUUGCUGCGGCUUGA